AUAAUAAAAAGUCUCAGAUUCUUCCUUGUAGACUGAGACCAAACCUGCUUCUACCAUGAAUUCCAUCCCCUGGCAAAAGCAAAAUCAUGAGUUAGAAGUUUAGCAUGAAAGAAGUGGCUGAUCUGAAUACAGACUGUGCAAAUAGUGUGUUUAUUGUAAUAUCAAGCAACAUAUAAAAUGUUUGCCAAGGAUAAUGGAACAUCACUUUUUCUUAGCAGAAUACUAAGCAGUUGAGUCUGUAAAGCUGAACGGACCUGAGAUUCUAGUGCAUUUUAAAUGCUUACAGCUGAUAGAAGCUUCCUGGAGACUCGGUAUCCUGAUAAUGUUAAUAUUAGAAGUAGCAGUGGAUCACAGUAUUGACCUACUACAAAUUCUUUUAUCAGUGUGGUGGCUGAUAGUGAAAUGAAGAGGUAAAACACGCUGGGAUGGGUAUGACUAAUAUGUUCCAUCUGUAACACACAGCAAGAACAGACUGAUGUUAGUUGUUUCACUGUGCUUGCAAGAAAAGUAUCUUGAUCAUUACCUGCAACUGCAGAAAACUUCCAUCUCUCUUAAAAUUUAGCUCCUGUGUUUGAUUUAAGGUUAGCAAGGUGAAAAUUUCUGUAAAGACUUCUCUGCCAUUGCAUUCUUUCCUGCUCUUGCUUAUARCAGGCCUGAUAAGGGAGUUGCUUCCCUGACAUUAACAUAAGGAAGUCCAAAAUGUAAAACAAACUCAGUGCAUGGUAAUGAUUAACUUUCCCUCCCAUAUUUUGCUUGUCUGUGCAUYAUUAAAUAUGGGUUUACUUCUACAGACUAGUUAGUAUGGAAGAAGUUUGGAGUGCAACUUUCAAACAGAGCAGUAAACAGAUGCCUCAGUUUCCAACCUGAAGAACAGGUUCUACUCAUAUAAAAGGAGCUCGACGUCUGCCCAGGACUGUUACCACCCUCUGGUUCCUUUUGCCUCCUCCCACUUUGAACUUGUUACCCUGGAGCUGAACUGUUUGAACAAGGGCUGUAAGAGUUGCUUUGUGAUUAGCGAGCUGAGAGCCAUUAACAUGUAAAGUGCAGGGGAGGAGCCUUCACCGCCAGAUUUUGCACCCCCUUUCGCUUUUUUUUGUCAUGCUGAGGAAGUUCCCGAUGCACCGGGCAGAGCAGCCGGGAUGGAGCCACUCUGGUGUCCGGGGAGAAGAAACAAAGGAAUAAAAAGGAUUGAGAGUAUGGUUUCUUAAGUUCUAUAGUUGCAGCUUCGGACCACCACAAAGGUUUGCAGCAUGCAGGAAAUCCUGAGAAGUCUAACUGCAUACUUGUAACUAUUUUGCUGCUGAGAAGGGCCAUCAUAUCCAUUCUCCCAAGACUGAACUCGGUGGUAAUUCUCUCUCCACACAGAUACCAGAACUUGUUUCUUCAAUAUGUGCAAUAUGCAUGAGCAGGACUAAACCAGGACAGUUUCCUGAAUGUGGGAUUCCAGAGAAGACAUCAUCUGUGGCUUCAGAUAAUUUUAUUACCAAGACUGACUCUUUUGGCAGACACACGUUCGGAAGUACUGUGUUGCUUGGUUGAUUGAAGCAYCCACUCUUACAAGGCUGCUCUGAAAGGCUGAGAUGGCUCUGACUUCUCCAAAYUCUGCAGUAGGGAAUUUGAUACAAAGAGAAGAACUCGUGUUCCAUAGUGAAAACUGUUGUCGUUUCCUCUCUGCAAACAUCGUCAAAGUAGUGGAAAGAUGUAUGAGUUUGAUGCAAGCUGGCACGCAGAUGAUCAAACUCCGUGGCGGUUCCAAAGGCCUGGUGCGCUUUUAUUACUUGGAUGAACACAAGUCGUGCAUUCGCUGGAGACCAUCUCGGAAGAAUGAGAAAGCCAAAAUCUCUAUCGACUCUAUUCGGGAGGUGUGCGAGGGGAAGCAGUCGGAGAUCUUCCAGCGCUACGCUGAUGGCAGUUUUGAUCCCAACUGCUGCUUCAGCAUYUACUACGGAGACCACAUGGAAUCUCUUGAUCUAGUAUCUUCCAGUGGAGAGGAAGCACGCACAUGGAUCACAGGGCUGAAAUAUCUCAUGGCAGGGAUCAGUGAUGAAGACAGCCUGUCAAAACGCCAGAGGACCAGAGACCAGUGGUUGAAGCAGACUUUUGAUGAGGCAGACAAAAAUGGUGAUGGAAGUCUGAGUAUUAAUGAAGUACUGCAGCUAAUGCACAAGCUGAAUGUGAACCUACCCAGACAAAAAGUCAAGCAAAUGUUUAAGGAGGCCGAUACAGAUGACAACCAGGGCRUGCUGGGCUUUGAUGAAUUCUGUGCCUUCUACAAGAUGAUGUCAACGCGGCGUGAUUUGUACCUGCUAAUGCUUACCUACAGCAACCACAAGGACUACCUAGAUACGGAUGACUUGAGGCGCUUUCUUGAGAUUGAGCAAAAGAUGACCAGCGUGACUAAGGAACACUGUCUGGAAAUUGUCAGCAAGUUUGAACCGUGCUUGGAGAACAAGAAGGAGGGAGCUUUGGGGAUUGAUGGUUUCACCAAUUACAUGCGGAGUCCAUCAGGGGACAUAUUCAACCCAGAACACUACCAAGUGAAUCAGGACAUGAGUUAUCCUUUGAGUCACUAUUUCAUUACCUCUUCACAUAAUACCUACCUCACAGGGGAUCAACUGAUGUCUCAGUCUAGGAUGGACAUGUACGCAUGGGUGUUACAAUCUGGCUGUCGUUGUGUAGAAGUUGACUGCUGGGAUGGGCCAGAUGGUGAACCAAUUGUCCAUCAUGGAUAUACUUUGACUUCCAAAAUUCUCUUCAAAGAUGUGAUUGAAACUAUCAACAGAUAUGCCUUUGUCAAGAAUGAGUACCCUGUUAUCUUGUCAAUUGAGAACCAUUGCAGUGUCAUUCAACAGAAGAAGAUGGCACAAUAUCUUACAGAAAUACUGGGAGAUAAGCUGGAUUUGUCUUCAGUGCACAGUGAAGAUCCUACCAAGCUCCCUUCACCAGCAAGUCUUAAAGGGAAGAUAUUGGUUAAGGGGAAGAAGCUUCCAGCCAAUAUUAGUGAUGAUGCAGAAGAAGGUGACGUGUCGGAUGAGGACAGUGCUGAUGAGAUUGAUGAUGAUUGUAAAUUAAUGAAUGGAGAUGCAUCUGCUAAUAGGAAGAGAGUGGAAAAUAUAGCAAAGAAAAAGCUUGACUCAUUGAUAAAGGAAUCCAAAAUCCGUGACUGUGAAGAUCCAAACAAYUUUACUGUCACCACUCUGCCAUCCUCGGGGAAGGUUGGUCAGAAAUCAGAUGUUAAGAAGAGUAAACUUGAAGAUGAAGUGGAAUCCGGGGAAGACUUCAGUAGCAGCAGGCGGCACGGCCGGUCGCUGAUGGGCAGCUUUUCUAAACGGAAGAAAAAAGGAAGCAAAAUGAAAAAGGCAACAAGUCUGGAAGAGGGUGAAGAUGAUUUGGACUCUCAAGGAAAUUUACUCAGGGGCUCUGUACAUUACAACAGGAUAAACCGACAGAAGAAAACAAUGAAACUUUCCCGGGCGUUGUCUGACCUGGUGAAGUACACGAAGUCUGUUGGCAUUCAUGAUGUAGAAGCGGAAAUCUCUUGCAGCUGGCAGGUUUCAUCUUUCAGUGAAACAAAAGCACACCAGAUCCUGCAGCAAAAGCCAGCACAGUACCUACAUUUCAACCAGCACCAGUUGUCCCGUAUCUACCCAUCCUCUUACCGUGUUGACUCUAGCAACUACAAUCCCCAGCCAUUCUGGAAUGCUGGCUGCCAGCUUGUUGCAUUAAACUACCAAUCAGAGGGGAGAAUGCUGCAACUGAACCGGGCGAAGUUUAGUGUCAAUGGGAAUUGUGGCUACGUCCUCAAACCAAACUGCAUGUGUGAAGGUGUCUUUAAUCCAAAUUCUGAAGACCCGCUGCCUGGACAGUUGAAGAAGCAGCUGGUUCUAAGAAUUAUCAGUGGUCAACAGCUCCCAAAACCACGGGACUCCAUGCUGGGAGACAGAGGAGAGAUCAUAGAUCCAUUUGUAGAAGUCGAAGUUAUAGGCUUACCAGUUGAUUGCGUCAAAGAACAAACUAGAGUGGUUGAUGAUAAUGGUUUUAACCCAAUGUGGGAGGAAACGCUGGUGUUUACAGUGCACAUGCCAGAGAUUGCGUUGAUUCGGUUCCUCGUGUGGGAUCAUGAUCCAAUUGGGCGAGAUUUUAUUGGACAGAGAACAAUAGCUUUUAGCAGUAUGAUGCCAGGCUACCGACAUGUAUACCUAGAAGGUAUAGAAGAGGCAUCUAUUUUUGUUCAUGUGGCUAUUAAUGACAUCUGUGGUAAGGUCAAACAAACACUGGGUCUAAAAGGUCUGUUUCUCAGAAAUCCAAAGCAGGCCUCUCUGGACAGUCAUGCUGCUGGUCAGCUCCAUCGCAAACAUUCCUUUAGCGGCCACAUCCUGAGACGCACAGCGAGUGCACCCACCAAAAGCCAGAAGAAAAACAAGAAAGGGUUUCCAGAAAUUGCUUUUGACACCAAAGAUAACAGCUCUGAAGGGGCCAGCGAAGAUCAUGAAGUGGAAGACACUUCUCAGCCUCGCUUUGAGCAACUGCCCGAAAUUGCUUGUCUGUCACCAGCUUCCAGAGAUGGUGCCAAUGGGGAGGUACAUGGCAGAGGGGUGAAAGGUAAGGCCCAUCCUUCCAGCAAAGGUAAAAGCCAAGGUUGUGUUCAAGGGGGUGCUGCUUUCAGUGAACCCAUACGGAGGUCAAACAGGGUCCGUCUUCAGGAGCAGCAGAGUGAGAAGCAGAGUAUCUUUGCACGCUGCGCCAUCAACGGCUCGGGUAGGAUUGGAGUAGCCACUAAUUGCAUGAAAUGCAUGAUUGGGUCCAAGGAAAGCCCAGAUCUAGAAUGCAAAUGGAGUGACCAACCUACCAGGCCUCUUGCUAAAGAUAUGCAUCACCAUGAUCAGUAUAGCAGUAUAAGUGGAGAAGAGAGGUUAGAACUAAAAACCUGGGGUAUUAAAGAUCAGCCAAGGCCACGGUCAGACUUGCAGUCUUGCAGCAGCUCUGGAACUGCCGGUGACCCGAUAAGGGGCAGCCAGUCUCUGGUGACCUCAGGGAAGAAAGUUGCUGAACCCAAAUGUCAUGGAAUGAAGGCUCAUUCCCGGCAGCGCUGGCAGUGCCAGCCAGGUGGCAAGUAUGGCAGCACUGUGAACUUGGUUGCAGCCACCAGUGGCUCCAUAUCCUCCAGUUCCAGCAGUCUAGAAAGCCUUGGAAGCCCAGAAUUCCCCAAGCGCUGGCCUGAAACUUCUCGAAGGCAAGUGGGCACCCUACAGCGGGAAAUGAAUGCCUUGUUCGUUCAAAAACUGGAGGAAAUUCGAAGUAAAUCCCCUAUAUUCUUUACUGGAAUCUGCCAGUUCUCAGUACARAAGUCAGUCACUUCUUUACGCAGCCUCGAAACUAUCACUGAAGAGCCCAGUAUUGCCAAUGAAAACCAGCACGCCAGCGUCGUCUUCCCUCUACCCAUUCCUCCAUACAGUGACUCUGAAGAGGGGUCUGUAUCUGAUCGUUCCACUGAAUCUCAAUCAGGAGAAAGUAGCACAUCCAACCCAACAGGARAACCUCUGCAUUCUAAAGAGCCAAGAACAGAUGUGGCUGCAGAAGACCAAGUGCAGGCAACCGCAGCAGCAGCUGACACAAGUGUAUUAGUCCAAGAGGAUGAAAGGACAGAUGUGGCAGGAUGUCCCAGAGAAGAAAACGGUGGGACACAGGCAAACAGCAGCGCUGAAGAUCAUUUUUUUUUGGCAGUGCAUCCUCAGCAAGCGUGGCUGGUAGUGGCAGCGGGCCAGACUGCUGACCAAGCUUCUGAGAACCACCAGAGGCAAAAUAACCAACCAGGUCACGUAUUAACAGACCUGAAAAUCAGCACUGAAUCCCAAGGCCAAGAGCCUGGUGCAGCAGCUGUCCCUCUGCAGCAUAAUAGCGUGAUCAACAGCACACAGAUAGUUUUGCCUCCUGGUGCUUUCCAGAAAGCCCAAGCUGCACAGACUCCAGCUGUUUCUGUUUCUCAAACCAGCUCUUAUUUGUUAAGAAGGAAGUCAAAAAGUGCAGGUCACGUGAUGUCAGACUCCUCAGCCUUAAUAAAAAAUCCAAGUAGCCAGUCUCCAGCAGCAGAGGUGUAUUUUGAUGCUACCCUUAAUGACCGGAUCUGGAGCAAGCUAGAUUGCAGCAAUCACCGUGACAGCAUGUCUUCCUCUUCCAGCAUGUCCUCCAACGACACUGUGAUAGAUCUCUCUCUUCCCAACCUAGCUCGCAAGAGCCUUCCAGAUCUUGGCAUCCAUCAUGAAAACUUUGAGCCCCUUGCUGUUAGAAAGGGUAUGCGCCCGCGGUCCGCUACAACAUCAGGUAACGAGAUGCCAGUGGUGAGCAAGAGCAAGUCCAAUCCUAAUCUGAGGUCUGGUCAGCUGCCAGAGGAUGAGUUGUGCCCCCGACCUCUUGUCAGGCGUACUCAAGAUGCGUUUUCAUCCAUCCCUAGAAGACAUACCUGGAGCAGGCUCUACAUGGAAAGUCUCAGACAAUCUUCUCUCAAGUCCAAAGCACAAGAUAAGGUUGGGAACAGCCAGGCAAAAUCCAAAAGUCUUGGAGACCUUACCUCUGAUGAUAUCAUCUGCACUUUUGAAAGCAAAUACCGGAGCAUCAGCAAGAGUUUUGUCACUCGRUCAAUGCGGGAGCAGCGCCGCUCCUCCAGCCUGAGGUCACCAGUCAAGUCUCAGGAUGAGUUGACUGAACAGCUAAAGAAGCUGACAGCCUUUCAGCAGGAAAACGAUAUCACUUCCCCUACCAGUCUUGAUCCGAUGGAAUCUGAAGAGGAAGGGGAGAGCUUAGGACUCCUUCGCAGGUCUUCAUCUCGGAGCCAAAGCAGGGUACGGUACAUUGCCAACAGGGCCAAGCAAGCUCAGGAGAGGCAGCGGCUGCAAAGCCUUGGCCAGCUCAGCGGGAGCCCCAUUGAGGAGAGAGGAAACCCCGAGGGAGCCUGCAGUGUUGUGAAAGGAGUUUGUGCGGACAUCGCAUCUCCUACUGCRUUUACAUCCCAGCCUAAGGGCGAGGCUGAGUAUAACCCUGACACAGAGGUCUUUUUUAUGCUGAAAUUGUAAUUCUGGGAAGCACUGAAUACGGUGAUGUUUACAUUCCUGUCGAGAAAAGAUGUAGUGACCUAAGAGGCAUAGGAUGUCCUCAUAUGGCCUAGUUCUUCCUGGUCCUCCUUUGAUAGUAAAGGUGCUUAAGACCACGGCUCCAAAAGAAUAGGUGAAUGUUUUACACUUGUCGACAGUCUAUCAAAGCAGAACAAGCAAGCAAAAUCAAUGGCUUGUAUUUUUACAAGCUUAAUGAUCGUCAGAUCAUUAAAAAAAUUCAUUUUUUAAUAUAAUUACUGCAUUUUUUUCCAGCCUCCAAUCUAGCCUCCUUUGCCUGUGACCACUGCUUUGCACUUGCGGUUUAAGCUGUGCAAGGCUCUGUCUCUACUAAUUUCAGUGAUUGAUUCCCACCCUAGGUAAACAUCUUUUUGAUAUUUAACAACAACUAAGGUAAACUUCCUGUAAUUAAAACUAUGUCCCCUGCUCUGCUUUUUUUUAUUUUUUAUUUUUUAUUUUUUGAAGAAUGUGAGGCAUCUGAGAGCAUCCCUUUUUGGAGACAGCCAAAA